AUGCUUCUGACUGAUGUAUUAGCAAAACGGAUAAUUCGUCGAAUCACCAAAGAUCGACACGUUUGCGGAUUUUCGGAUGAAGAGCUGGGUCACAUACUAACACAAGCUCGUUCAAAGUUCGAAACAGAAGCAGCCACUCUGGUACUGUCUUCACCAAUCAUAAUCUUCGGCGAUAUUCAUGGACAACUGACUGACUUACUUAAAUUCUUCUCGAUUGUUGGCCCGCCGCCAAAAAACACUUUGCUGUUUCUAGGUGAUUACGUGGACCGCGGUAAACAGUCAUUGGAGGUUAUAACAUUAUUAUUUUGUUAUAAGAUACUAUACCCGACAUUCAUCUAUUUGGUACGCGGUAAUCACGAAUGUUCUCGAAUGAACUCCAUUUAUGGUUUUCAUGAAGAAUUAAUUCGAAAACGUUCAACUACUUUAUGGAAAAAGUUUAAUUCGGUGUUCGAUCAAUUACCAUUGUGCGCAACGAUUGGUAGGAAGAUCCUAUGCAUGCAUGGCGGCAUUUCACCCAAUAUAACGUGUUGGGACUCUUUGUUAUCCUUACAAAAACCACGUGGACCGAGUGAAUGUGAUGAAGGAUUAGCAUUAGAUCUCAUGUGGUCUGAUCCAACUUCAGAUGCUUGUUGCCCUAACUAUCAAUUCAAUCAAAAUCGAUAUACAUCCGUCAUGUUUGGUAAAAUGGCUGUGAAAAAACUAUGUGAACUUCUGCAACUGAACUUGAUAGUGCGAGCCCAUGAAGUUGUUCCUAAUGGACAUCUGUGGGACUUUGAUCGUCAUAUUGUCACCCUUUUCUCAGCUCCCAACUACUGCGGAACAGACGGAAAUGCUGGCUCAAUAAUGACGGUAUCUACGGACUACACAAUAUCUUUCUUAUCUUUGAAACCAACUCAACCAACACGGAAUCUUACUGAAGAGGAACAGACAAAGCUGAAGGAAAAGAUGAAAGAGAAAGAUGUUGUCAGCCCAGACCCUCUUGCACAACAGCAGAUGUUACACAAGAACUGA